UUCACCCGGUUAGAGGCAAGGGUUGCGCAGGCGGGGGGGUCGGGGGCGCUGGUAGAGGCUGAGCCUUGUGGAGUUCCCUGCACCAAGUGCUGGGAGGGCAAGAGGAUGUCCUUUCACCACCACAGGGAGUCACGUGUGCCGACUGGGGGCGGAAAGGCUGGAUAAGUUCCUUCCGGGUCACGAGAGAAGCGUCAACACCUGGGGAGGAAGCUCUCUGGUCUUCCCUGCAACUUUUUAGGUACACUCUACUUGAGGUGGUUGUGGUUUCGGGGAUGAGUUCCCAGAAGGGCAACGUGGCUCGUUCCAGGCCUCAGAAGCAUCAGAAUACAUUUAGCUUCAGAAAUGACAAGUUCGAUAAGAGUGCCCAGACCAAGGCAGCUGGCACCUCAAGACUAUAUGGAUGCACAGAUAUCUCUUUCCACCUCCUUGAACCUGGAGCUGUCUGAACCAAUAAAUUCUGCAGUAUCACAGAAUUCUCUAUGAGCAGGAUGUUGCCAAGGCAACGGAGUGGUCUCAGAUUGGUGAGAUGGCACAGAGAGUUCUUUGAGGGGCACACCUCCGCUUAGAGAUGGCUCAGACAAGCUCACAAUUCAUCUGUGGCUCCCAACAGAAAAUUAACCAAAAACUUCACGAUGGAGUAUGUCAGCGCUGUAAAGAAGUUCUUGAAUGGCGUGUAAAAUACAACAAAUACAAACCAUUAUCAAAACCUAAAAAAUGUGUUAAAUGUUUACAAAAGACAGUGAAGGAUUCUUACCACAUAAUGUGUAGACCAUGUGCCUCUGAGCUUGAAGUUUGUGCAAAAUGUGGAAAGAAAGAAGACAUUGUUAUUCCGUUUAAUAAAGAUCCAGAAAAGACUGAAAAUAAUGAAAGUUACAAACAUACAAGAAACUGCAAAAGCCAUGAAGAAAGUGAUGCUGAUUUAGAUUUUGAUAUUUAUUUAGAUGAUACAGAUAAUAAUCAAGUGGAUUAAUGACUCAAGUUAAAGAAUGUGAAAUUUUGACCAACUUUUGCCUUUGAGGGGCUCACAAAAAAUAUUGUGAAAUCCUAAUGAGGAAAUAAGAAAAACUAUAGAAAAUACAUAAAAUAUAUGUAAGAAAAAUAUAAACUGUGUAAAAUAUUUGAAUAAUUAUCAAACAUUAUAAAGCUUUCAUCCAGAGUUUUUUAUAACAAAUUUUUUAGGUUAUAUAAAUUAGAAUAAUAUCUGCCAAAAUACAUAUUGUGGUAUCCUGUUGUAGGUCAUGAGAAUUAUUUAAAAGAAUAUAUUACCGGGGCUGGGGAUGUGGCUCAAGCGGUAGCGCACUCGCCUGGCAUGCACGCGGCCCGGGUUCGAUCCUCAGCACCACAUACAAACAAAGAUGUCGUGUCCGCCGAAAACUAAAAAAUAAAUAUUAAAAAUUCUGUCUCUCUCUCUCACCUCUCUCUUAAAAAAAAAAAAAAGAAAAGAAAUUCAAGAAUGUAUUACCUAAAUAUAUAAAUGUAUUUGUUAUCAAAAUAAAUGAGACUCAGAAUUGGUGGUUAUGUAAGAACUAUCUCAUGUAAAAAUGAUAUUAUUAUAAAUAAUAUUAAAAAUCAGUAAACAGUCCUCUUCACAAAUGCUCCCUUACUUUAUUUUUUUAUAAUAAUGUAUAGCAAUUUUCCUUUGAAAGCAUUUUUAUUUACCUCUUCACACUGUUGUACCUUUUUCCUCUUGAGAACUAUAUAUCCAGGAAAAAUGCAUAAAAUUUAUAUGUACAGUUUACUCAAUAAUUAUAAAAGAGAGUUUUACACUUAGACCUGCAUGAAGAAACUGCUGGGACCAGAAACUCCCCAAGAAGCUCUCCCUCAUCAUCACAAGUUCAUCCUUCUUCCCAGAGUUGGCACUAACACUGAAUUUUUGGGGGGGCAGCGGGAAUGGGUUGCCAGGGAUUGAACUCAGGGGCACUUGACCACUGAGCCACAUCCCCAGCCCUAUUUUGUGUUUAAUUAGAAACAGGGUCUCAGUGAACUGCUUAGCGCCUCACUAAAUUGCUGAGGCUGGCUUCAAACUCAUGAUCCUCGUUCCUCAGCCUCCCAAGCUGCUGUGAUUACAGGCGUGCGCCACCACGUCCAUCUCUAACCUGAAUUUUGAUAAUUAUUUCCUUUGUCAUUUUACUACUACUAAACAAUAUAAAUUCACUUUGUCUGAUUCUUAAACUUUCCUAUCUUUUUAUUUUGAAACAUUUCAAACCUACAGAAAGGUAGCAAAGUAGUACAGUGAACCUUUAUAUAGUCUUCACAUAGAUUUCAAAUGUUAGAAUUUUACCAUGUUUUCUUUAUAGCUCCAUAAGUGGACAUAUAUUUAUUUUUAAUUUAUAAAACCAUUUGAAAAUCAGUGCUAAGUAAGGAUUUGAUUUUGAACUGUAUGUGAAUAGACUUGCAGUAUGCAUACUAUUUUGCAUCUCUUUUUUCAUUUUUAUAAAGUUUGGGAGAUUGACUCAUGUUGUUACAAAAGUUCAUUUUAUAUUAUUCUAUGGAAUUACAUAACAUAGUUUCUUUAUCUUUUCUAAUGUUAAGACAUUUGAGUUAAUUCACAUUUUUCCUGUUGUAAGCAAUAUUGGUAUAAACACUGUUAUAUGUGUCUCUUGGUACAUAUGUGCAUUUCUGUUAGGUAUAUAUAUCAAUAAAAGAAAUCAGGUGUAUGCAAAAAGAAA